GAGAGACAGAGAGAGAGAGAAGCACACACGCGAAUAUCAAGCACAAAGACGAAGCGCGCAACACGUGAAAACAGUGGAAGAGAACGAAACAUCAGAAACAAAUUGAAUUUAAUUCGAAUUAGUCAAAAAAUUAGAAGCAAGAAAGAUGACAGCUACAUCGAUUGAGGGCUAUAAGCUUGGCACGGUGCUGAUCGAGGGGAAGACCAAGCAGGUGUACGAUCUGCCCGAGCAUCCCGGUCUUUGCCUGCUGCUGAGCAAGGAUCGCAUCACUGCCGGCGAUGGUGUCAAGGCCCAUGACUUGGCCGGCAAGGCGGGGAUCUCGAAUACCACCAACGGCCAGGUAUUUCGGCUGCUCAACGAGGCUGGUAUACGCACUGCCUAUGUGAAGCAUUGCGGUGAGAAGGCCUUCAUUGCCCGUAAAUGCGAGAUGAUACCCAUCGAGUGGGUAACCAGACGCCUGGCCACUGGAUCGUUCCUCAAACGCAAUGUUGGCGUACCGGAGGGCUACAGAUUCUCACCGCCCAAACAGGAGACCUUCUUCAAGGACGACGCCAACCACGAUCCCCAGUGGAGCGAGGAGCAGAUAAUCUCAGCCAAAUUCGAACUUAAUGGCCUCUCAAUUGGCCAGGAUGAGGUGGACAUUAUGCGACGAACGACUCUGCUGGUCUUUGAGAUACUGGAGCGGGCCUGGCAGACAAAGAACUGUGCGCUGAUCGACAUGAAGGUGGAGUUUGGCAUCGAUGCCGAUGGCAACAUUGUGCUCGCCGACAUUAUAGACUCGGACUCGUGGCGCCUCUGGCCAGCGGGCGACAAGCGCCUGAUGGUGGACAAGCAGGUGUACCGCAAUCUCACAUCGGUCACGUCCAGUGAUCUCGACGCGGUGAAGCGCAACUUUAUCUGGGUGUCGGAGCAGCUGGCGGAUAUUGUGCCGCGCAAGGACCAUCUGGUUGUGGUGCUCAUGGGCAGCGCCUCGGACACCUCGCACAGCGAGAAGAUCGCCACCAGCUGCCGCUCCCUGGGCCUCAACGUGGAGCUGCGCGUCACCUCUGCCCACAAGGGACCGGAGGAGACGCUUCGCAUCGUUCGCGAGUACGAGUCGGUGAUGAACAACCUAAUUUUUGUGGCGGUGGCCGGACGGUCCAAUGGACUGGGACCUGUCUUAUCGGGCAGCACCAACUAUCCGGUGAUCAACUGCCCGCCCGUCAAGUCUGACAACAUGCAGGUGGAUGUCUGGUCCAGCCUGAAUCUGCCCUCGGGCCUUGGCUGUGCCACCGUGCUCUAUCCGGAGACGGCGGCCCUUCAUGCCGCCACCAUUCUGGGCCUGGGCAACUUCAUGAUCUGGUCCAAGCUGCGCGUCAAGAGCCUCAAUAACUUCAUCACCCUCAAGAAGGCCGACAAGGAGCUGCGCGGCGUACGCAGUGCCUAAGUGAGCGGUCGAGCCGAGCGAGCUUCAACCACAUUUCCACAUCGUUUCCCGUUCGUUUUGCAUUUCUUUUGAAUCUUCUGCUUUUUUUUUUUCUUUGUAUACCCUUUUCUUACUUUUCUAGUGUUAGGCAUAGCAUGACUCGAGCUAGGUAUACCCUGUAUAGUCGUAGGGCAUCAAGAACUAAUAAAUAAAAAUCACAAAAAAUAA